GUGACAGUGCCGCACAGCUGAGCUCUCUCACUGCUAUUAUUUAAUCGUCCAACAUUUCGUUGGUUUCUCACAAAAAACUUCAAUAAAACAAUACAGUACAAAAUGGCUAAAAGCCCUGAAACUGUGUCCUUAGAUCAGCUGGACAAGGAUCAAAUGAAAACAUUUUCAGAUUUCCUAAUGUCGUACAACAAACUAUCGGAAAUGUGCUUUACGGACUGUGUGCGUGAUUUCACGUCCCGCGAUGUCAAAGAUUCUGAGGAGAAAUGUUCACUAAAUUGUAUGGAAAAGUAUUUGAAGAUGAACCAACGUGUCUCUCAGCGCUUCCAAGAAUUCCAAAUGAUUGCCAACGAGAAUGCCUUAGCCAUGGCUCAAAAGACCAAUAAACUUUAGAGGAAGAUAAUGAAGAAGCUGCACAGUUCAAGUUACUAAGUAAUUGAGUUAACAAGAAACAAAAUCCCAGAGCUAAAAUAGCACAAAUGCAUUUCUAUUUUGCAUUUGUAUGGUCCCUAGCAACUAGCAAUUAAAUAAAUACAAAAAG